GAUUCGUUGGAUCUUCAAAAGCGGAACAACAAUGAAGGGAAGCACACUGGUUUGCUGUCUGUUGGCUGUGCAGCUCUUUGGAGCUCUGGCGUCCGACAACUGGAAGCUGGUACCGGAUGAGUCCGGCCGGUUGCGUUUGAUCAACACCAACCCGUACGACAUCCCGGAGGAGGAGAACGUCGUGGAGCCCCUCUUCAAUGCCGAAACGGAUGUCAUCUUCCGUCUGUUUACCCGUCGCAAUCCGGCCCAUGGACAGGUCCUCCAGUGGAACAAUCCAGCGUCGGUCCAAAACUCCAACUUUGUCGCUGGCCAUCCAACGCGAUUCACCAUCCACGGUUGGAAUGGUGGCGAAACGUCCGGGCUGCAUGCUAACAUCCGCCAGAACUAUCUCGGUGUGGGCGAGUUCAACGUGAUUGCGGUCGAUUGGGGUGCAGGUGCGCAGACGGCCAACUAUAUCGCAGCACGGAACCGUGUCGGUGCCGUUGGUGAUAUUAUCUCGCGCAUGGUUAACACGCUCGUAUCGGCGACCGGUACUUCGCGGAACAACAUCUACCUGAUCGGUCACAGUCUCGGUGCGCAUGCGGCCGGUAAUGCUGGGAAGCAGCAGAAUGGACAGCUGAACACGAUCAUCGGUUUGGAUCCGGCUGGUCCGCUGUUUUCGUUGUCCGAUCCGGAUACGAUGGCACCACGGGAUGCGCAGUAUACCGAGUCCAUCUUCACGAACGCGGGGCUGUUGGGUUUCGAUUUGCCGCUGUCUGAUGCCAACUUCUAUCCCAAUGGUGGACGUUCACAGCCGGGUUGUGGUAUUGAUGUGUCCGGUAACUGUGCCCACUCGCGGGCCCAUGAACUGUACGCGGAGUCCGUUUCGACACCGGUUGGAUUCCGUGCGACACGCUGUGCUAGCCACGGAGAGAUUGUGGCUGGACAGUGCACCAACACCGGGUCGGCCGUGAUGGGUGGACAGCCGUCGAACCAGGGCCGUGGUGUGAACGGUAUGUUCAUCGUGACCACCAACGGUAACUCUCCGUUUGCUCAAGCCCUGCCGAUUCUGCUGGUUGUCUCGCAACCGGUGGAUCGCAACUCGAACUGGCAGCUCGUCCCCGAUAGCGCCGGUAGACUGCAUUUGGUCAACACGAAUCCUUACAAUCUGGAUCAGCAAGAUGUGGCACCAGUCUUCAAUCCUGAGCAAGAUUUAAUCUUCCGCCUGUUUACUCGUGCCAAUCCGACUACUCCGCAAAUCCUAGAGUUUGGAAACCCAGCAUCGAUUGCGGCCUCGAACUUUAAUCCGGCCCAUCCGACGCGGUUCACCAUCCACGGAUGGAACAGCAACGGUAACGAUGGUAUGAACACGAACAUCCGCAACCGGUACCACGCCAUCGGGGAGUUUAACGUGAUCAGUGUCGAUUGGAGUGCUGGUGCGGUGAAUCCAAACUAUAUUGCCGCUCGUAAUGCCGUCGGACCGGCUGGUGCAGCGUUGGCCGCAUUUAUCGAUCAGCUCGUGGCGGCCGGGGCCUCGCCGGACAACAUGUACGUGAUCGGAUUCAGUCUUGGCGCACAUGUGGCCGGUAAUGCUGGGAAGGGACAGAAUGGACGGCUUAACACCGUGAUCGCGCUAGAUCCGGCAGGUCCGCUGUUUUCGCUCGGACAACCAGAUGCCGUUUCACCGGCCGAUGCACGCUACGUUGAGAUGAUCAUGACGAACGGAGGGCUGCUGGGUAACAGUGUGCCGAUGGGCCAGUCAACCUUCACGCCGAACGGUGGCCGUACGCAACCAGGAUGUGGAACGGAUAUCGGUGGUGGUUGUGCUCAUGGAAGGGCACCGGCGUACUUUGCUGAGUCGAUUGGUAGCUCUACCGCGUUCCGAUCGACACGGUGCGCUAGUAUCCAGGAGGUGGAAGCGGGAGGCUGUACUCCUAGUGGACCCGAUGCCAACAUGGGUGGUGAACCGUCGAACUAUGGACGAGGAGUUGCGGGAGUUUACUUCCUCACCACCAACGAUGCUGCUCCUUUUGCUAGAGGAUAA